AUGGCAGCCAUGGGUGCGACUCAAACCAUUGCAGCAACUUAUGGCGUCAUUGGUGCGGCGUCCAUCGCAGGCAACGCUACAUUUUGUUUCCUGUUGUAUAACAAACCUUUCCUGUUGAAAAAACCUCACAACAUUCUACUGCUGACUUUAGCAACAGCUGACAUGUUAACAGGGGCCACUAUUUUUGCGACACCACUGUUUCGUAUUAUCCGCAUUCCACAUCUCGCCGGGCCGGCGGGCUAUUUCUUCUGCUACUUUUUCGGAAAUAGUUUCCUGGUGUUUUACUUCGGCAAAGUUUCAAUUUUAAUCGUCUUGCUUAUAUCCCUGGAACGAUGGUGUUCGGUUAUAAAACCGUUCAAAUACAAGGUCCUUUUUUCUCGGAAAAGACUUUUACUUUAUAUCUUGUGUAUCAUAGUUUCAAGUGUUUUAAUGCACGCUUUCAAUAUCUUUCGCGUUAAGUUUGAGAACAAUACGUGUGAAACUGUUAAGUUGGGGAAGAAGAGACAACGAGCACUCGUUUUAACCAACGUAACAGUAAUGUUUGUCCUUCCUGCACUUAUAACUUGGGCUUCGUUCAUCCAUAUAAUGUAUCGAAUCAAGAAUACCCCGUCGGUAUCUGGUAUAACACAGCAUCCGCGCCACCAGCAAAAACUGCUGCUGCGCAUGUGUGUUAUCACAGCCGCUGUCUUAACAGGCUGCUGGUUUCCUAGUCAAAUCUGUUUCGUUUUGAUAAACUUUGACAUUACCCAAGUCACGGAUGUUGGGGUAAAAAUUUCAUUAGUGCUGUCUAUGUUCAAUUCCACUGUAAAUCCGUGGAUUUAUUUCCUCAGUAACAAAGAAUACAGGAAGUACUCCUUAUCACUAAGUUUCAUCUGUAAACCGACUGCAACUGUGUCUCCUGAAAGAACUGUGCUAGAAGUUGAGAGUCAUUUGGACCAAGCAAUUCCUCUGAAGAUCGUACAACCCUAA